AUGUUCAAUAGACUCAAGAGUUUUUCUGAGGAUGUGGCCAAAGGAUUGAAUGAACUCAACAAUGAGAUCAGAUCAGCCACCAAUAAUCCCAACCCCAAUACAGUUUCAUCACCUACAAGUAAUACCUCCAAAGAAGCCAUCAAAACAUUCAAGCGAGAGUCUAAGGUUUUUGCCACUAAGACUCCGGAUCCCAAUGAUAUGCAACAACCAAAAGAUGAGUCAAAUGAUGAACAAACUGGGGAACAUACAAAUGAUGGCGAACCACAAGACUCUACAACAUCAUCAUCAAGUGUCAAUGGUCAUACGGGCCUUAAUUUUGAUGAGAUCCCUGCUGAUUUGAAACCUAAGAUGAGAAAGUUUCUUAAAUAUGAAGAGAAGUAUCCAGUGUUAUUGGAAGCAUAUAAGACCGAAAAACGGAAAUCAGAAUUGAUUUCAUCGUUCGAGAAAGCUUUACAAGAAAGUACUCCCUUUACGAGUAUUGCAGAUGGUGGCUUGCUCAUUGAAUAUCUUGAAGGUUUGAAUGAGAAAACGCAGUUAUUAAAUGGAGAACUACGGUCCAAAAGUAAACAGUUGAAUGAUAUCCAAACAAUUUCCAAAGAUUUUGAAGAGAAAUGGCAUUUGCUGACUAAAGAAAUUGAGUCGAUUCAACAUGAUUUGAAAGUUACGACUGAUUUAAAAAAUAAAGAAAUCGAUAGUUUGAAGAAAGAAAUUGAGCAAUUGAAUGAAAAAGAGCAUCAUCCAUAUCAAGAAAUAGAUUUUAAAAGUCAGUUUGAAGACCUUAAUAAAAUUCAUGAAACUUUAUUGAAAGAUUUUGAAGAUUUUAAGACUAAGUUUAAUGAGCUACAAAAGGAACAUGACUUGAAGGUACAAGAAUUGACUAAAUUAAAGGACGAUAAUGAACAAUUGGUUUCUAAAGCUGAUAAAUUGGAAGAAGAUUCAAAAAAUCAAAUACUAGACUUUUCUAAAGAAAAGGAAGCAUUGGAAUUAAAAGUUCUGGAAUUGGAAAAAGAACUGGCACAUCAAAAUCAACAAUUGGAAGAUCUCCACUCCAAAGAUGACGGCAGUGAUAAAUUACUUGAACUUGAAAGCCAAUUAACCAAUGUACAAUUAUCUUUGGAAAAGUCUAAUAGUGUUAUAAAGGAUCUUGAAGGUGAUAAAUCUAGCUUGGAGAAACUCAAGGUGGAAUUGGAGUCAACAAAUAAAAUUUUACAAGACGAAUUAACCAAGCUUGAAGCUCUGUUUACAGAUUAUAAGUCUACAUCUUCUGCGGAAUUAGCCAAGAAGAACUCUGAGUUGGAAGAAUUGCAAAAAUCGGUUAAGGAUAAACUGAAUGUUCCUUCUCCAGCAGCACCAGCACCAAUUAAUGAGGUUUCUCAAAUUACUUCCUCCAAGAAGAAGAAGAAGAAUAAGAAGAAGGCAGUUGACCAAAUUCAAGAAACUCAAAAAGAAGGUUCUAUUGUUGAUAAUGAUCUCAAGCUUAAAUUCGAUAGUUUAACUUCAGAUUAUGAAGCUAUUCACACAAAAUUAAAGAAUGUUGAAGAAGAAAAAACGGCGUUGGAAAGUGAGCUUAAAGAUGUGCGUUCUAACUAUGAACUGCUCUCUAAAGAAAAGACAUCUCUUGUAGAAGAAAUUAUGGAACUUAGAUCAAACUUGCACUCAAAAGAAGAAGAUAUAGAACUGUUGAGAGAUGAUUUGAGAGAUCUUGGCUCCGAUUUAGUGGAUGCCAAGGAAAAGCAUAAAGAGUAUGAACUCAAAAUUGCUGAUAACACAGAAGUUGACUCUUUGAAGAAAGAACUUGAAGAGUUGAAGAAGUCUCAUGACGUUGUGCAACAAAGGCUUAAAGAAUCCGAAGAAAAGUCUGUCGAUACAACUGAAAUUGAUACUUUAAGAAAGGAAAUUAUACAUUUGUCAAAAUCUUAUAAUGAUGUACAAACUAAGCUAAAAGAUUAUGAAGAGAAACAACCUGAUACAACUGAAGUUGAUGGCUUGAAACUCAAGGUAGACGAGUUAACAAAAUCUUACAAUGAUUCUUGCAAAGAGGUGGAGAAAUUUACUCAGGUUCAAAAGAAAUUAGAUGCAGAGAAGGCAUCUAUAAAUAAGAUUCUUAAAGAGAAAUCUUUAGACAUUGAAACUCUCACAUCUAAAAUCACUACGUUGGAGAAGGAAGCUACAACUAGCAAUAAAUCACUUUGUGAAUUAAGAAAGUAUAAGACAGAAUCUACUUCAAAGCUAAACCAAGUUACAAAACAACUUGAGGAAAAGAGUAAGCAAAUUUUAGUCUUACAAAAGGAAAAGGAUACACUUUCCAAUCGAGUUGAUGAGCUUCUUAAAUUCAAGAGUCAAGAUUCCUCACUUAAACUUGAACUUGCCUCAUUAAAGACCAGUGUUGAGCUUAAAGAGAAGAUGGUCAUUGAGUUGAAAUCCCAAAUUCAAGAAUUGGAAAGAUCGAAAGAUAGCUUGAAGGAAGAUCUUUUACUGCUUGGUGAAAAGAAUAUUGGAUUGAGAGAAGAGAAUAGAGAAUUGGGUACUGAUAAGAAUGAGCUUUUGAAGAAACAACAAACGUACAUUGAAAGAGAGUCUAUAUUGAACACUCAAUUAAAUAAAUAUCAAACCGAAAAGCAAAAGAUUGCUGUUGAGCUUGAAAGUUUAAAAGCCAAGCAUGAAUCAUUGAAGAAUGAAAGAUUGAAUUCAAAGGAUGAAACUCAGAUAUUUAAGCAGCAAUUUGAGGAACUUUCUAUGAAAGCAAGAGAGUCACAAAUGAAACUUGAUAAUCUUGAAGAUGAAUUAACUGAAGCUAGAAGCACUCUUCAUGCCCGUUCAAAGGAAGCAUCCUCGAUUAGGAAACUAUUGAUUGAAUCACAAUCCUUGUUAGAGAUGAAAGAAUUAGAAUUCAAGACUGAGAUCAAGAAACUCAAUGACGAAAGACUUACAAUUGAAGAUAAAUCUAAACUGUUAUUGAAACGUAAGCAACUUGAAGUUGAUGAACUUCAAAGCUCUGUGACAGAAAACAACAAGAAGUUAAAGACAUUGGAAAAUAAUUAUAGAGAGCUACAAUUGAAGCAUAAAGCAUUGGAAUCCGAAAUGGAAGCGCUGCCAAGUCCUGGUCCAUUCUCUGACUCUGAAAACAUAGAAGAAACCAUUAGCACGCUUCGAGAAUCGUUACAGAGCACAUCCAAGAAACUAAAGGAAGUUGAGCGGAUGAAUUUGGUGUUGCGAAAGCUUAAUGAAGAAUCAAAUAUGAAAUUUGAAAGACUCAGUAAGAACUAUAAGUCGCUUACAGUUGAGUACCGAGAUCUUAAGGAGAAGUAUGGUGCUUCCAGAUCUAGAGCUCUGAGCGUUGUUCUGAAUCCUAUAGAGAAACAAUCCCCAUCUUCUAGUGGUGAACAGUCCAAUGGCACUAAUGUAGCAUACCUUAAGAAUGUUCUUUUAGGUUUCAUUGAACAUAAAGAUCAGAGAGAACAACUUCUUCCAGUCGUGAAGACAUUAUUUAGUUUCACCAAGGAGGAUGAGCAGAAAUUGCUAACGGCAUUGAGAUAA